CUAAUGGAAGUUUAGCCGCAAAGACAACAGGGACCAAAGAACGAGCAAGGCGACAGCGACGGCGGAGAGAAUCGGAACCCUUGGCGUCGGAGUCUGAAUUGAAGAUUACGGUGAUCUGUUUGGUCUUUUCUAGGUUUUAGCUCGCGGGAGCUCUGUUACCGAUUCCCGCUGCGGCCGCUGACGGUAACCGAGGCUAGACGUUCCCAAAUCGAGAUCCAGUGCAUGAUGGGGUUUUCCUUGUUUCCGAUGAAAACGUCGGCACGAUUGCUGUGGAGUACCAGCUUCUUUCGCCACAAGACCAUCGUCGUCUUCUAGGAAAGAGAUCAUAGUAUCUAGAGCUAAUAUAUUCUAGCAAGAUAAACUUCUGUAUCAGUAGAAGGUGGGAGAGGAGAUCUUUGUGACAGUCGCUCCGAUCUGAGUCAUAACCAUGGAUUCCCGCCAUCUAAUUUUCGAUUCGUCUUCUUCCCACGCUGGACACAUGUUCUUUCUCGGUGGCUCUGGCAGCCAAAUCUUCCGAGGAGGGAGAUCUGUUCUUGGAUUCGAUGAUGGCGCGAACAAGCGGCGUCCCUUUUUCACUACUGCAGAUGAGCUCCUGGAAGAAGAGUACUACGACGAGCAGCAAUCGGAGAAGAAGCGCCGCCUUACCACAGAGCAGGUACAACUGCUUGAAAGAAGCUUUGAAACAGAGAACAAGCUGGAGCCGGAGAGGAAGAGCGACCUGGCGAAGAAGCUGGGCCUGCAACCCCGGCAGGUGGCGGUAUGGUUCCAGAACCGCCGGGCACGAUGGAAGACAAAGCAGCUCGAGCGCGACUUUGAUCGGCUCAAAUCCUCCUACGACGCUCUGCUCGCUGACCACGAUUCCCUUCUCAAAGAUAACGACCGCCUCCGCUCGCAGGUGGUGUCUUUGACAGAGAUGCUCCAGAAGGAGCUGGCGGUCGGGGGGCUGAAGGGAGAUGAUGACCACCAGAAAGCGACAUUAUUGACUGAGGAGGAACAACUCUCGUCUCCGCUAGCCGCAGCUCCGACGCAGCAGAGAUCAGGGGAUGACCGGCUGAGUUAUAAGAGCAAAGGAAACGCAAUUGAAGAUACCGAAGGCGCCGCAGCUCUCCAGGUAGACAGUAGCGGCGAUUCUUACUUCCAAGAGAGCUUGAUCGAAGGCAACGCUGGCUGCUACCUAGGCGCGAUCGAAGGAGGAAUUUGCUCCGAGGAGGAUGCCGGCAGCAGCGACGAUGGCUGCAGCUAUCUUCCCGGCGGCAUGUUCGUGGAGGCUUCCGGGGAAGAAAACUGGUGGGUUUGGAGCUGAAUGAAACUCUGCUACUGUGCUACAAUGAAACUCUGGUGUUUUGUGAAUUUGAUCGAUCUGCUGUUUGAUCUUAUUUGAUGUAAUGAUGUAUGAAUAUCUACAAUAAUUGUCUUCGAGGUGAAUCGAUACAGACUCCUCGCAGACACAACACUUUGUGAUAGUAUAAUAUUCUACUGUUAUCUUCA